AUGGAAGUAGCACCUAUAUAUGUUCUUUAUGGCUCUGAAACAGGGACUGCAGAAGAAUUGUCUGAGAGACUUUAUAGAAAGCUGAACCGUCUGGGGUAUAGAGUACUUACCCUACCUAUGGACGAAUUUGAUACUCAAAAACUAAUUGAACCCCUCCUUUGUGUGUUUAUUUGCAGUACCACGGGACAAGGUGAAAUGCCUUUAAACAUGCGAAAAUUUUGGAAAUUUCUGCUUAGAAAACGUCUUCCCAUGGAUCUUCUUGAUGAUAUGCAAUACGCUGUUUUCGGAUGUGGUGAUACCUCUUACGCAAGAUACAACUGGGCCUCCAAGAAAUUGGAUAGUCGUCUUCGACAGCUUGGUGCUCAAAGCUUUUGUCCAAGAGGUGAAGGUGAUGAGCAACACGCCCAAGGUGUCGAAGGCGGUUUUGCAUAUUGGUGCACGCAUUUGUGCUCGGCUUUGGCGACUGUCAAAACUCCAUCUCAACCAGCUCUCAGAGAUUCUGAUAUUAUACCUCCCUCUUUUUCCAUAAUUCGAUUUGAUUCUUCACAUGAGCUAUCUAAAGAACCACUACAUACCCGAGGAAUGAUCCCCUCUACCCUCCAACAAAAUAAACGCAUAACCGCAGACAACCACUGGCAAGACGUUAGGAAGGUUGUUCUUUCCAUCCCCAAAUCGGUGAGUUGGAAACCAGGAGAUAUUGCAGUUCUGUAUUCCUGGAACGACGAUGAGAGCGUCCAUAAAUUCUUGAGGUGUUUGAAAUGGGAUUCCUUCGCUGAUCAUUCAGUAUUGAUAACUUCUAAUAUUCAAGAACGAAAAAUUCCUUGGCUUCCAAAUCCGUUAACCGUUUUUAAUUUAGUUAAGUACGUUAUUUCUAUACAUUCGGUACCGAAUCGUACUUUCUUUGAAUACGCUGCCCAAUUCACGGAUGAUGAUCUGCACAAAGAAAGGCUGUUAGAGUUUGCUUCUCUCGAAGGUUUAGAUGACUAUUACGAUUAUGUCACAAGACCUCGUAGGACAUUAAUUGAAACACUACAAGAGUUUCACUCGGUCCACAUACCUUUUGAAUAUGCUUUAGACGCUCUCCCUAUAAUUCGUGGCCGACAAUACUCCAUAGCUAACCGCUGCGACCAGAGCGAAGGAAAGCUUGAGCUACUAAUUGCAUUGGUGAAAUAUCAGACUAUUCUAAAAGAACCUCGACAAGGAAUUUGUAGUCGAUGGUUAGUCAAUCUUCAUCAAGGCCUCCCUUUUCACAUCGAUAUUUUGCCAGGAUUUCUUUCGCUUCCUUAUACAUCAGAAAGACCUUUGAUUGCAGUGGGUCCUGGAACUGGUGUCGCACCAUUACGCUGUUUAAUUCAGGAACGGAUAAACCUCAAUCUCAAGAAUAAUGCGUUAUUUUUUGGAUGUCGAAGAGAAUCCAUGGACUACCUCCUUCGUGAAGAUUGGGAAAGUUUAAAAAACGCUGGAGAUUUACAGGUAUAUUGCGCUUUUUCGCGUGACCAAGAAAAAAAAGUCUAUGUUCAACACAAAAUCCAAGAACAAGAAGAAAUCAUAUAUCACUCUUUACGUGAAAAAGGAGGAAUGGUUUGCAUUUGCGGUUCAUCAGGAAGUAUGCCAAAUGCGGUUCGUGAUGCCAUAGCAGGCAUCAUCUCAAAGUAUUCAGGGGAGAGUAUAUCUGAAGGUUAUGAGUUUUUGAAAAAACUUGAAAAAGAAAGAAGAUUCUUUCAAGAAACUUGGUAA